AUGUCCCUGCCUUCGUACGAUGCACUGGUCGUUGGUGCUGGGUUUGGUGGAAUCUAUCAGCUAUACUCCCUCCUCAAGCUCGGGUUGACCGUCAAGCUGGUCGAAAGGGCCGAAGGACCUGGAGGAACAUGGUACUGGAACCGCUAUCCAGGCGCGACAAGCGAUACCCCCUCUCACCUCUAUCGUUAUUCCUGGGAUAAGGAAGACCUCCAAUCAUACUCCUGGUCCCAUAACUACCUGGAGAGAAAGGAGGUUCUCGCUUAUCUGGAACAUGUUGUGGAGCGCCACGACUUGCGCAGGCAUAUGCAGUUUCAUACAGAGGUGGUCUCCGCGAUAUGGAACGACGACAGCUGCACAUGGACUGUAGAAUCUAGCCAGGGUUCUUUCAUGUCUCGCUAUCUCAUCACGUCUCUCGGUAUCAUCACAGAGCCAAAUUGGCCGAACAUCCCUGGGCGUGAUCAGUUCCAGGGCAGUCUAUAUCAUACUGCUCGGUGGCCAGACCAGUAUGACCUGAAAGGCAAGAGGGUCGGAUUGAUUGGGAAUGGAUCGUCCGGUGUGCAAGUAAUCACUGCAAUUGCCCAGGAUGUCGAGUCUUUGGUCUGUUUCCAACGACAUCCCCAGUACAUCGUUCCUGCGGGCAAACGUGCCGUCUCGCAGGAGGAGCGCAAUACGAUUAACAAGGCUUAUGACGAGAUAUGGCAGAAAGUGAAACAAGAGAUCGGAGGGAUGGGUGUUGAGGAGGCCAAGACGAGUGCGAUGAGUGUCGUGGACGAAGAGCGCGAACGGAUCUACCAAGCCGCCUGGGACGACGGAGGAGCCUUCCGAUUCCUCCUAGGGACAUUUAAUGAUCUAAUUCUCAACGAAGCAUCCAACCGAGCGGCAUGCGAUUUUCUGAAGAAGAAAAUCGACCAGAUUGUGCAGGAUCCAGAGAAGCGCCGCAAAUUAACCCCGAGCGAACUCUACGCGCGCAGACCAGUUUGUGCCGAUGGCUACUACGAGCAAUUCAAUCGGGAGAACGUCGAUGUCGUCGACAUCGCGGAGAGUCCCAUGCUCGAGUUUACUCGCGACGGGAUCAAGUUGGCCGAUGGAACCGUACAUAAACUGGAUGUCGUUAUUUGCGCCACGGGUUUCAACGCAUUUGAUGGGGCUUACAGAAGAAUCGAUGUGGUCGGGCGCGAAGGGAAAACAUUGAACGAAUAUUGGAAAGACGGACCAACCACAAAUAUGGCCGUUGCAACAGCAGGGUUUCCAAAUCUUUUUAUGAUAUUUGGGCCUCAGACUCCCCUGACCAAUGGACCCCCGGCCAUUGAAGCCCAUGUUGAGUUCAUUACUGGGGCCAUAUCGCGUGCGGAAAAGCAUCGCAAGGAGCAGAGCACUUUGCCGACCCCGGCUAAGAUAGUAAUUGAAUCCACAGAGGAAGGGGAAGCUGCGUGGGGUGGAUUGUGCAAUGCUAUUAGCGACGCCGCCCUGUUUAGAACAGCCGCAUCGUACUUUAACGGCGUGAAUGUGGAUGGUAAGCCACGAUUGCCUGGGCUUGUCAGGAUGUAA